AAAUUAUUUUGCUUCUGCGCCACCAAAGACAAAAACAACAGAUUUCUCUCUCUCUCUCUGUCAAAUGAAAAGCUAAAAUCUUCGAAACCCAUUGAGCUUAAAGGCCAUGGCUUUUCUUCUGUCCAACCUCAAACCUUCUCUGCUACCCCAAACCAAAUCAAAAUCAAAAGAGAAACCCAUUCAGCAAACGCUUUUAUCAGCAAGACGUAGCUCCCAAUUCUCCUUCUCUUCUUCACUUUCCUCCCUCCAAAGUUCCACUGCACAGGUUGCUCAGGUGAACACCCCAACUACAGGUGCUCAGGACAAGCAUCAUCAACAUCAAAAGGAUGAAUUUUAUGUCAAUCUUGGCCUUGCUGUGAGGACCCUCCGUGAAGACAUGCCCUUGAUCUUCAUCAAAGACAUCAAUUAUGACAUUUAUAGGGAUGAUAUAACAUUCAUGGACCCUUUGAACACAUUUUCUGGUAUUGAAAAAUACAAAUUAAUCUUCUGGGCAUUGAGAUUUCAUGGUAAAAUUUUGUUCCGUGAGAUUGCUUUGGAUGUGUAUCGGAUAUGGCAGCCUUCAGAGAAUAUGAUAUUAAUUAGGUGGAACCUGAGGGGUGUGCCUCGUGUUCCAUGGGAAGCUAAGGGUGAAUUUCAGGGUACUUCAAGGUAUAAAUUGGACAGGAACGGAAAAAUUUAUGAACACAAAGUUGAUAGUCUAGCAUUCAAUUUUCCACAGACCAUGAAACCGGUUUCAGUUUUGGAUUUAAUUACUGCCUGCCCUGCAAGUCCAAAUCCAACAUUUUUGUGGGGUCCUGUGGAUUCCUACUCUUCUUCAUGGAUAGAAUUUUAUCAAGCAGUCAAGGACACAUUGGAUCAAGAUGAGAGGUUGCUACCACAAGAUUCUCUGGCUACAUGUUCAUAGUGACCACUUAGUGAAUUGUUCCAUAGAUGAUGUAUUAUACUAUAGGUUGUAAUAGGUUAGAUAAAAUGAAAUUCGGUCAAUAGCAUAAAAUGGUUUUUCUCAAGGGACAAGGAGAGUGUAGAGAUUAGGCAGGGAUGCAGAGUUGUGCAUUCUGAUGAUAGAGGAAAUGAAGCUUCUUAUGAUUGGCAAGUUUAUACUGAUGAGAUAGAUAUAUGUGCUAUAAUCGUAACUUCAUAAUCUAGAAUUAUUUUGAAUCCUGCAUGUUUGUUUCUUCUCUACAGUUGUUGAACCAUAUGGAUGCACACGUUAAAAACAAAUCGAUUAUUAUACCCUGUCAAGUUUCGUGUCACAUAGUUUCACUGUUGUUAAUUCUAUGACCUUUUCUUGACCUUCUGUGUUUCCAUUCACUGUCAAGUUCUAAUGUAAUCAGGCUUUGCUCUACAUGUUACUAAAAUAAAAUGGUUUAUUUGACCAGUAAUUUGUUCUUUAGGAAAAGUUCAUCUAUAACUGAGGUCUGCCUAUAAUGUCUUGUAGUCAUCUUACCACCUUAGCUUAUUUGCACUUGAUUCUUGCACCGGUGUGAUUAGAUAAAAAGAUCUUGGUUAAUACUUUUGUUCACUUGAGGAAUAACAACUCCAUAUGUAUUCUAUUGUGACAAAUGACACUCAUUAAGCUAGCAUUAGUUUAUAAGGCAACCAUACAACCUACAACGGUAUCUACAUUUUCGCCACAUCUGUUAUAUUAUCAGCUGAAAUAGUAUUAUAGAACAGAGAGUGGUUUGCUAGUAUUCAUCCAAAGAGUAACUCUUUGUUUAUAUAACCUUCUAGGUUCAAGCCAGUGUAAUUAGUCUUGUAAUUAAAAGUCCAAAAUUAUUUAUGGGUGUAUAAGUCACAUAACAUAGCUUGGAAGUUCAGUUUCAUCUUAUCAAAUUUGGGUUUUCAGCUAGUAAUUGAACUUCUUCAUAUGUAUUUUGGUCAACAUUAGGUUUAGAAAAAAAGCUGACAUCUAUAGAUUAAUAUAUAUGGCUGGCAGAGAUAUAUGUACACCUUCGGCUGCUCCAUAACCUAGUUACCAUAAUAUUUUAGUUUGCCUUUUCAUUAUUUUAUUGCUGGUCAUUCCACUCUCCAUGUAAGUUGGAUUCUGUCACAAAUGGUGGUGAUGUUGCUCUUCUAGUAACUUCUUGCAGCGGAGCACUGGAUGAAUACAUGCAAUGGAAUUUCAACACUCAAGUUAGUAGCUAUUCUAAGAGAGUACUAGCUAAAGGGUAAUAGCAUACAUGGAAGUGUCCUAUUUAUAAAGUAUAGGGGAUAGUCAAAAGCAUGGUGACUGUAGCUGAGCCUGAGACUUAGCUGUCUUUUCAAAAUGCUAAUCGCUUGGCAAGGAAUGCACCCAUUGGCUAGUUCGAAACAAUUGCUUCAACAAUAUCGAUGCUGUCAUAUGUUUUCACGUUCCUUGUUCUUACUAUUGAUUAUUCUUUGAAUAAACUUUCGAAUUAGUCUUUU